AUGUCAGAUACAGUUGCAGUAAAGGUCGCCAUACGUGUUCGACCAUUCAGUGAGCGUGAAAUGGCUGAAAAUUGUCGCGAAUGCUUACAAUAUUUCGCGCAACAUUCGCAGAUAGCUAUCAGCGAAAAAAUUUUUGCUUUCGACAAUGUAUUUGAUCCUACAACACCGCAAGAUGUCGUAUAUAAUUUAUGUGCGGCACCACUGCUGGAACAUUUAUUUAAAGGUUAUAACUGUACUAUUUUGGCUUAUGGUCAGACUGGAAGUGGCAAAACUUAUACUAUGGGAACAGAAGAGACAUAUGAGAGAAUGAAAAGCGAGGAGCGAGGUGUAAUUCCGCGCAUUGUUGAUAGUGUUUUUGACCGUAUUGGGUCCUCAAAUGAUUUUGAUGUUUCCGUAUCUAUGCUUGAAAUAUAUGAAGAGAAGAUUCUCGAUUUGUUAAAUUCAUCACGCGAUUUGUUGCAAAUACGUGAACUCAAAGGAAAUGUUUUUGUUCAAGGCUUAUCAACGCAUCAAGUUGAUAAUUUGGCUGCUACUAUGAUAGAGUUAGAAAAAGGUUGUCAGCUGCGUAGCAAGGGAGAAACUGCAAUGAAUGACAAAUCUUCACGUUCUCAUGCAAUUUUUACUAUUUAUAUUAGUAAAAAGCCAACUGAUGAUGAUGAGACAAGUUUCAAAUCAAAGUUACAUUUGGUUGAUUUGGCUGGAUCGGAAAGGUUAAAAAAGACUCAAGCAGAAGGCGAACGUAUGCGUGAAGGCAUAAAAAUUAAUGAAGGUUUACUCGCUCUAGGUAAUGUUAUUGCUGCACUUUCGGAACAGGGUACGACUGGACGACAUAUUCCCUAUCGAGAUUCUAAAAUUACUCGUUUACUUCAAGAUUCUCUUGGAGGUAAUAGUUAUACUGUGAUGAUUGCUUGUGUAUCACCUGCAGAGGUGAAUGCAGAAGAGACGUUGGCAACUUUAAGGUAUGCAGAUCGCACGAAGAAGAUUAAAAACAAACCAAUGGUAAACAUAGAUCCAAAUAUAGCCGCUAUGGAGCGCUUAAAAUCCGAACUUGCUACAGUAAAGCUUGAAUUACUUGCGCUUCGUGGAGAGAAUAAUAGCCACACUACUUCUUAUGGUUUAAAAAUGCCUACAAAAUACGAGUUCGAUGAUUUGGAGAAAAGAUAUUGUGAACUACAAAAUGAAAAUCAUAAAUUAAACGUGCGUUUUGCUGAAUCUGUUGCGGAGAAUUCUCGAUUUGUUGAACAGUUGUUAGUUGCUGAGCAAAUGAUCGAGAAAUUAAAGGGAGCGAUUUCCAAUGCUCAUUCACUUAUUGACGAAAGGGAUAAAGCGGGCAAUUAUAAAGAUAUUUUGAACCUUUUCGAUUUAUCGCACUUCAACAUCCAGCCUGAUGAUGAAAAUGAAAAUUCUGUCGUUUGUGAAGUGGAUGAAAAUGAUGAUGGAGGAAAUGAUCAGAAUUAUGUAUCAAAAUUUUUAACGACACAAACUGCUCUACAACAUAGAAUGGCUGAUAUUCUUGAAGAGAUUAAAAACAAAGAGAAGGCAUUUGAGGCCACAACUGCUUCGCAAGCUGAAAUUGAGAAAAUGCGAGCUGCCUUUACCGCUGAAGUAGAAGAAUUACAACAAAAAUUAAUAGCUUUGGAAGCUGAACGUAAUGAAUUAAUUACCAAGUUAAAAGGAUCAACUACACACCAUAAAGUGAGCGAGGAACGAAGAAAAAGAUUAUUGGAAUUGGAAAAGCAACUUGACGCUUAUAAAAAAAGACUUGCGGAGAUUAAAAGAUUAGAAAGAGAAAAUAAUAAUCUCCAGCUAAAGGCCAAACAAUUAAAUCAUGAAUUAAUGGAAUUGAAAAAAUUACGUGUAAAGAUGUCGAAAAAACUCAAAGAUGAAGAAGCGAAAUUCAGAAAUUGGAAAGUAAAAGCGGAUCGAGAAUUAAUGCAAAUGAAGAAUCGCGAAAGAAAACGUGAAAUGGAAAUGGCAAGGCAACAGCAAGCAUCUUCUCUUCAACUGGCAGUUUAUCGACGAAAAUAUGAGGAAGCCAAUGCUUGUAAUCGACGCUUACAGCAACAAUUAUCUCGAAGUUCUGCGCGCACUAACACACCACGUACCGAUGAACAACUUCUAGCUUUUCUUGAUGAAGAGCUAGCAAUAGCUUUUUCGGCAGCAGAGGCAAAAAUUCAUUGCAAAAUAUUAAAUGAGCAGCGAGAAGCAUUAUCUAUUCAGUUAAAAAAUUUGGAGACUCAACUUAACUGCUUAAAAUCAGAACCACCUUAUAAGAGACGUGCCAGCAAUGAUGGUGCAAAUACAGACAGUGAAAAAGAAUUAAAUCUGCUGGAGGAAAUCAAAAACGUAAAACGUGAAAUUGAAUUGCGUAGCACUGAACUGAAUGAUAUUCAAGCCAAAUGCAAGAAAGCUGAUUCCGAAGAUCGUGUUGAACAACGAUGGAGUUCUUGUCAUUCACUUGUGGAAGCGAAAAUCGCUCUUAAACAUAUCUUCAGCUUAGCCAUAAAAGAAAGACGGUCUGCUUUCGAAAAGGAAAUUCUUUUAGAAGAACUAAAACGAAAAUUGGAAGAAAGGAGCAAAAAUUUUAACAUGAAAAUUGAAAAUUUAGAAAAUCAGCUGAGAAAUGAAAAAAAGGCGAUUGAAACGCUUAAAGGAGCGCGUAUCCAUUCGGCAUACAUGAAUAUUCAACGAGUUAGUGAAGAAAUCGAUUUAGAUGAUGAAAUAUUAAGCCAAACUUUUACGAAGGAUGUUAUGAAUGAAAAUAGCUUCGAUUAUUCUGAGCAAGUUAGAAACAGCAUCGCUGAAACAGAAGAUAAGCAGAUGUUGAGGCUGCAGAAUGAUCAACAUCUUCGUAAACGAUCGCUUUCACAUAAUGCUGAAUGUGAUUAUGCCAUUUAUUCAAUGAGAGAUAGGAAAAGAAUUUCGGAAGAGCAAAGUACAGAGCAUUCUUAUGUUCACUGGAGCGCUAUGAGAUUACGACCUCGUUCCGCCAAGGCGAAUGCUUUACAAUCAAGUUCCGAUGAAGAUGAGAACGAUAGGAGAGCAAAUGAAGAUAUAAAUGAUAUUUCUUAUUAUCCCACACCUAAUAAGAAAUGUAAAAGAAGCGAUCGUCAUCGAACGUCCGUGUUUGAAAAUCCGGUUUCUCAUAGAACGUCCGUCAGUAAUCAUGGAGGCAAAAUCGGCGAAAACAACACAGCGUUAAGUGGAUUUUCGGGAAUACAAGAGGAAAAGUGGAGUCGUGAAAAAGAUCAGUUAGCCUCCUCUUUAUUAGGGAUGGAUCGACGAGUGAUAUCAAAAUCGCUAUUUGAUAAUCCGAUGAAAUAA